UGCCUGCUAUGGGGGACCAGAGUUGUCAUCCCAAAACCGCUGCGCACACCCGUCCUGAGGGCGUUACACGAGGGGCACCCUGGCAUCGUCCGGAUGAAAGCGUUGGCUCGGAGUUAUGUCUGGUGGCCGGGCAUGGACGACGAGAUCACGAAAUGGGUAAGCUCCUGCCGCCCCUGUCAGGAAUCCAGGCCAGCGCCACCGAUCACCACCCCAACCAAAUGGGAAAGUACCAACGCACCGUGGUCACGGUUGCACAUUGACUUGGCCGGGCCCUUCCACAGCAAGACCUUCCUGGUGGUCGUGGAUUCGUUCUCCAAAUGGAUCGAUGUGGCUCUCCUACCCACAACCACCACCCGAGCAAUUGCCCAGGCCCUGACCCGUUUAUUUGUUACACACGGUCUACCUGACACCAUAGUCUCAGACAAUGGCCCCCAAUUUACGUCUACAGAAUUCAGCCGGUAUGCCACCAACCUGGGCAUCUGGCAUAUCCUAACGGCCCCUUUUCAUCCCGCCAGCAAUGGGUUGGCGGAAAGAGCCGUUAGAUCAGCAAAAGAGGCAUUGGCAAGAUUCACUCAAGACGACUGGCACUCCAGACUCUCUCGCUUUCUCUUAAGCCAACACUCGACCCCAUGUACUGUCACAAACAAGUCUCCAGCCGAAUUACUGAUGGGCAGGCGUCUAAGGACAGUGCUAGAUAGACUG